AUGUCGUCUGCACCACUCUCCAUCUUCGUCGUCGGAGGUCAUGGCAAAGUCGCGCUUCACUUUACCCGCCUUGCCGCGGCUCGCGGACACAAGGUCUUCAGCUUGAUCCGUCAACCCGAGCACGCUUCAGACCUCCCUACUGGCAAGUCGGCCGACUCUGUUCAGCCCGUCAUUGCAUCCCUCGAGCAGUCUUCCGUCUCUGAUCUCGCCUCCCUCUUCACGAAAUACUCGCCCAACGUCGUUCUCUUCAGCGCGGGUGCAGGAGGCAAAGGUGGACCCGAGCGGACGAAAGCAGUCGACGAGCAAGGUGCCAUCAAAGUGUUCGAUGCGAUCCAGCAGAGCGGUAUCGCCAAAUCGCAGGACUUUCGUCGCUUCUUGCUCGUAUCUGCCGUCGACGUUCGCGACAAGACCAAGCCUCCUCCGGCGUGGUAUCAGCAGCCUGACAAGGAGCGUUCGGAAAAGACGAGAAGUGCCAUCGGAGCUUAUAUGGAUGCAAAGUAUGCUGCUGACAAGAACCUCUCGGCGCGGACGUCUUUUCCGUGGUUCGUGCUUCGUCCAGGUGGACUGCUUGACGAUCCAGCAAGCGGCAAGGUAGCCCUUGGUGUCCAUCAGAGCCUCGUACAUUCGAUCCCCCGCGAAGAUGUGGCGGCCACGCUGCUCGAGGUAGCUGAGCUUCCAAAGGGUCAAGCUGACGGUCUCAUGCUCGACUUGCUCGCUGGAGACAAGGAUAUUGCCACCUCUGUCAAGGAGGCUGUUGAGCGGGGACGCACAGAUUUCGAUGGCUGA